AUGGACCAGACAAGGCCUGCUACGUCUGGCCAGUACGGCCGCUACCGACCUCCAACACAACUUGUCUCGAACGCAUCUGUCGCUUCAUCGCAGCCAUCCAUCUCCUGGCAACCCAAAAAUUCAAGACGCGAUUCAUUGCCCUUCUCCUUCCCGCCUCUCUUCCAGCCGAACACUUCAUCGACCUCUCUCAUACCAUCGACAGCAGAGGGCAAGCCGAUUCCACUCGACGACGACACAGCCGCCCACCGCACUCUGGCCCUCCGAGAACUCAACGUGAACUACCCGUCGCGCAGCCGUUACGCGAAGUCGACAGGUGCUCAGAGCAGCACCAACUCACAGCCUGUGCUCGUGCGGACUUAUUCAGAGACGCAGAGCAGGCAGUCGAGCACCACGCGCAGCAUCAUCGCAGGAGGGAAGCCUGUUCACUCCACCGCAAACAACUCGGUUGGCAACGGCCCUGCCGCUUCGGUCAGGCGUAUCAUAGCAUUUCGGUCGCCACUCAGCGGUCAGCAGCAUGGUCUGCUGAGCAUGGCAAGAGCAAAGUCGAAGAAGGGCCCAGGCAAUCGUGAUGCGACGACCAAGCUGCCGCCCAUCGAGGCGUACAGCUUUAAACAAAUGAUGGCCAACAUGGAGGCAGAGGAAGACACCAGCAUCAACGCUGACCUGGACCGCAUUGCUGAGAUCUGUGCCAGAUCUCGGUAUUCCCUCAGCAACCAAUAUGAAGUGCAUGUCACCCCACAUGGAUCUGGCGCUGCGUUCAUGGCCUCGGUGUCGUCACGACGUCAACAGCACACCAACGGACCCACUCUGCAGGCCGUCACCUCGGAUGACGAACGGCAAGCGAAUCGUCUCCACAAGAGGAGAGGUGGUGGCGCCCGGCGGAGAAGCAUGGCCAUGGGCACCCUGGAGACCAUCAUGUCGUCGAGCGGCUCGUCGGAGGAUGGCAAGUCCAAAAAGAAGUCCGCCAGCGAAAUCACCCAAGAGGUUCGAGGGCGAGCAGAGCGGAAAGUCGAAAUAACCCAGGCAAGUGCGUCUCCUGCCGAGCAACGCCCGAGACUGGAGAGCGUCACUUGUGAAGUCAGUCUCAGGAGGAGGAAGUCAUCCUCCUUUGCGUCAGCCAUGAUUGAGAGCACACGCCAGUACCCGAUCAUAAAUGACAUUGCAACGCCACGGAGCUCGUCUUCUACGUUGCUAAGCGAGCCUGCGCUGCCACAAACGUCUAUGAAUCACCUCCAAGUACGGACAGAGCCAGAGGAGACAGGCCCAAUUGAUCCCAGAGGCGCGAGAGAUCAAAGCGAAGAACACAAAAGUAGGACUUUUCAUACAGGGGACUCGCAGACCCAAGUUCAGGGCAGUUUGCUCGGCGGUCUAAGUGGCUGGAUGCCUACAUGGUCGUUUCCUCCUGUGAUGGGAAUCAGUCCAGCGUCGGCGAAAGGGGGAGGCUCAACAAGCCAUGCCGAGGGCAGCUUGCGACAUCUGCUUAGGACAACAGAUUCCAAGGGAAAGGGCGUUGAUGGUGGCACCUAG